AUGGCUGGCCUGAGGACCUUUGAUGCGUUUCCGAAAACGGACGCUCAACAUGUCAAAAAAUCGUCCAAAGGUGGAUACACGACUAUUUUGACCUACCUCUUCCUCGCAUUUAUUGCCUGGAGCGAGUUUGGUAGCUUUUUUGGGGGAUAUAUCGAUGAACAAUAUGGGGUGUCUGACGAACUUCGAGAAACAGCCCAAAUCAAUAUGGACGUCUUUGUGCAUACUAAAUGUCAGUAUCUUACUGUGUUAGCCUACGACCGUACGGGGGAUCAGAAACUAGUGCAGAACGAGCUCUCACUGGAAGAUCUGUUCUAUAUUCCCCUCGACACGAAGGUGGAUGGGAGAAACGACAUCCGCUCUCCAGGAUUGGACGAGAUAAUGGCAGAGGCAAUUCCAGCGCAGUUCAGGGAAAAAAUCGAUUUCUCUGCUCUUGCUGGUGGCGAGGAGUUUGACGGAUGUCACAUCUUUGGUUCUAUUCCUGUAAACAUGGUCAAGGGGAACUUGGUGAUAACCUCCAGAGGCUAUAGUCCUGGCGAUUUUAGAAGGCCCCCGCCAGACGUUAUCAACUUUUCUCAUGUUUUCAAUGAGCUCUCAUACGGCGAUUUCUACCCCUACAUCGACAAUCCUCUCGACAAAACCGCCAGGCUCUCUAAUGAUCCUGCAAUACGCUACCGUUACUACACAUCUGUUGUUCCCACCACAUUCAGGAAACUGGGAGCAGAGGUUAAGACCAACCAGUACUCGUUGAGUGAAAGCGAAACGACAGUAACAUCCUCCAACAAGCAAGCUCCUGGCAUUUUUCUCUCUUACGAUUUCGAAGCCUUAACUAUCACCGUCAGCGAUAAGCGCAUUUCGUUCUGGCAGUUCAUCGUCAGACUGGUAGCAAUUCUCUCCUUCAUCGUCUACACCAUUUCAUGGACCUUUAGAAUUACUGACAAGCUAUUAGUAGUUUUGCUGGGCCCCAAGUGGUCACUUCGCUAUCCUAGUGAUGGUCGUCAAAAAAGUGGUAUUUUGGAGUAG